AUCGAUUGAUGGGAGAUAGAAGGGGAUGAACGCGCACGUUGAAUUCCCUGCGGCCAAACGUAUGUGAAACUUCGAGUAGAGAUGAUCAGUAUCGAGGUUCAGUACUUUAGUGUCAGUAAAAAUCUUCUACUAGCUAUCGGUCUGUGGCCUUAUCAACAAACGAGGAUCACUCAACUUCAGUACACAUUAUUCCUCUCUAUACUGCUGCUCGCCAUCAUGUGUCAUUUUACAACGUUUAUCACCACAGAAUGCACUCUAGACAUUGUCAUCAAAGUGUUAUCUUCUAUGUCAAUUUUCUUGAAUUUCGCAAUUCAGUACUCCUCGUUUCGAAUGAACACCGCAACCGUCAAGAUUGUAUUGGAAGAACUCCAACACAUAUGCGGCAAGAUAAAGGAUGAGAACGAACUUGCUAUUAUCAAAAAAUAUGGAAACAUUUCAAAACGUUAUACAGUUUGGCUCACAACAUCCGCUAUUUUCGGCGAAAUUGCUCUUAUCUUGAUUCAAUUUUGGUCGAGCAUACUCGACUUCGUUCAACCAAGAAAUGAAUUCAGGUCACGCAUUUCGCUGUUCCCGAUGGAAUAUUUUGUGGAUCACCACAGAUACUUCUACUUAAUAAUGCUGCACUCAAACGCAGCUGUUUGUAUAGGCAUUACCACAAUGCUAGCAACAGGAACGUUAUUCAUCGCGUGUCAAAAGUGCGUCUGCGGACUGUUCAUGGUCGCCAGUUACCGUAUCAAACAUGCGAUAAGCACCAACCAAGUCACACCGAGAGGCAGAAAUCUGACUUUUUUGAGGAUCACUAAAGCUGUAAAAGUUCAUCGGAGAGCUAUGAAAUUCUCCCAAUUUCUGGUGACUAAAUUUGAGGUGAUGUUAGGCACAACGAUAUUGUUCGGAAUAAGCAGUUUCAGUCUCAACCUUUUUCGCAUCUUUUCGAUUGCGUCAUCGAAUUGUCGUAAUAUAAAGGAACUGAUGUUGUCCGUUGGAUAUGCAGCUAUAAUCGCUAUGUACAUAUUCUUAGCCAACUAUAUUGGGCAGGAUCUUACAGAUCACAAUAGAAGAGUGUUUAUUACAGCGUACAACGUUCACUGGUACAAAACACCAGUGACCGUGCAAAAACUGAUACUGUUUCUAUUGCAACGAGGUACGAAAGAUUUCACGCUGAACAUUGGUAAACUGAUCCACGUAUCAUUAGAGUGUUUUGCCUCGCUGGCAAACACAUCGAUAUCGUAUUUCACCGUACUCUACACCACGCAAAAAUAAGGUACUUC